GAACGGAAGAGGUUGGUACCUGGAGUUAUUGGCAGCGGAGUUGUGAAUGUCAGCUCAUUCAUCUACAUCAAGCGCACAAACCUGCGGCCAAGGUGAAACGCUUUUUCUUCACGAGGGUCGUUUUAAAAAAAAAGGGGUGAAAAGGAAAGAGGGAAAAUUUGCUCUAUGCGUCCCUCACAAAUUUCCACCCGUUUUAUUCGCCUCCCCCCCCCGCCCUCAGUCUCCCUGUUUGUGUUGUGGGCGCUCGUUAUAAAGCGCAAAGCCCUGCCGUUCCCUUCAGAUCGGAGCGCUCCGACCGCUGCGUGCGCCAGCUACCAGACAAUCGGGACUUGAAUCUACACACAGCAAUGACCCUGCUGUUCUCUCUCUCUCUACCUGGAUUAACUCUCAAGUAACCAUUUGUGGUCCCCAUACCCCCUAACACCACCCCCGCCGGAACAGCAGCAGUCUCACCGACUCCUCCGUACUGUCCCCUUUUCCAACUCUCAUCUUUGUUGUGCGGCCAUGGGGUGCAUCUUGUCCUUUUUGCCUGGGCUGCUGAGGGGCUUGGCCGCGCUGUGAGGUAGAUACCAGGUGGAUUUAUGGUCCGCAAAACUGCAACUACCAGCCGAGGGAAAUUAGUGGAAGUUUGAGUUCCGGGAGGAUGCAGGUGACGUGUUGGUGCGCCGUGUUCCUCCUGACGCCCGUGCUUUGCCUGGUUACAAGUGCCCACGUCAAGUCGGGAAGCCCCAAAUCAACACUAAAGCAUGUAUGGACAGAAAGCAGUAAGGAUAUGUCAAUCAGUAGGCUGCUGUCACAGACUCUGCAUGGUAAAGAGAACAGCACAGCCUUGGACCUUCACUAUGACACUCCAGAGCCCUACUCGGAGCAGGAUCUGUGGGACUGGCUGAGGAACUCCACAGACUUGCAAGACUCACGGCCACGGGCUAAACGGCGGCCUAUGGUGAAGACAGGGAAAUUCAAGAAGAUGUUUGGCUGGGGGGACUUCCACUCCAACAUCAAGACGGUCAAACUCAACCUGCUGAUCACUGGUAAGAUUGUGGAUCACGGCAAUGGCACCUUCAGUGUCUAUUUCCGCCACAACUCCACAGGUCAGGGCAACGUGUCUGUCAGCUUGGUCCCUCCCACAAAGAUAGUGGAGUUUGAUGUGGCAUCGCAGCAGUCCGUCAUUGAUGCAAAGGACUCAAAGUCCUUCAACUGCCGAAUUGAGUACGAAAAGGUGGAGAAGGGUGCCAAGAACACACUCUGCAACUUCGACCCGUCCAAGACCUGUUACCAGGAGCAGACCCAGAGCCAUGUUUCCUGGCUUUGCUCCAAACCUUUCAAAGUCAUCUGCAUCUUCAUUUCCUUCUACAGCACCGACUACAAACUGGUCCAGAAAGUGUGCCCGGACUACAACUACCACAGUGACACACCUUACUUCCCCUCUGGCUGACAGUCCCAGACACUCACCUACAUCAUGUACGAGCAGAGCACAGACUCGGGCUUCUACCAAUUCCAGAGAAAUGUGUAUGUUAGCUUUUCUGUCCCCAAACAUGUCCACACCAGAGUGUCAACCAUCCCAAAUGAUAUUGCAAUUUAAAAUUCUGCAUUUUGACUGUUAAAAGAAGGUGUAUAUGACCGUAAUAUGCUAGAAUAACCUCAAAAACUCUGAUUACGAUAAGUGUUAUCAGUUAGAAUUUCAUUCCUGAAUUAUGAUUUACCUCUGUUGAACCUUGUGUAGAUAACAGAGGCUUACUGUUUGUUUUAGGGUUUUUAUCACUAUUAAAUUCUGUCCAUUUGUGUUUGCUUUUUGUUUAGUUCACCCUCCUUGUCAAACUCUUAGCAUAUUAUCAUAUACAAUGAAUUAACUCUCUGGAUAACAACCUAUCUGUUUGCCCCUGUUGUGCUAUCUACGCUCUGCAGUUCAUCCUGCUUAACUAGAAAACAAAAUUAACUCCUCAUUUAAAAAGAAUAAAAAAUAAAUAGCUAGCUCGGAUGUUUUUACAAAAUCUGCAAGGUAUCUGAAAAGGACAGUGAAGAUUUAAAUGUGAGUCUGAUGCUUUUAGAAAUGUGAGGUGGUCUUAUGUAUCUAGGGGUGAGCUUGGACUGAGCAGGCUUCUCCCUCAGGCAAGUCUCAUUCAGGAGAGAAAAUGUGUUAACAUGCUCAGAUACUGUAACACUGUCAAUCCUUAGCAGCUGCCAGUGCAGGCAGAUGUUGAGUUUGUUGGGUGAUUGCUUCAUUCUUGGCUGAUUGAAUGUCUGAUUACCUGACUGAUUGAUCAGUGAUUUGUUUGGGGAGAUGGGGCUUGCUCAUUGUCACUUAAUAUAUCAAAUGUAAUGUAUUGAAUUCUAUAUCUUAGAGCCUAAUUUGUAUGAAUGGUUUGUUUUGUACAUAGUUUAUCCCAACUGCUUCUGCUUCUAUACAUGCCCCCCUGAGCUGUGUUCCCCUUCCUGCUAACUCCUCUUGUUCACUCCAUUUAUGCUUGUUCUUGGUUCCUCUAGCAAAGAAAAUGAUGUUGCUGCCCUAGAUGUGAAUUUUCAUGAAAACAGAAAUCCUGUACAGAGGCUGUAAAACUGAAAAAAUAUAUUAAAAGUAUUCACUGAAAUUUUCUUUACUGGGGGGAAGGUGGGGAGGUGUAAAUAUGAAUUAAAGAAUACAGUACAUUUUAUCAACUGAA